GGCAGUUCCUAUAUGGAGAGGAGCCCUCUUCUCGGCUGGAGGUUGGCAGCGAGACGGCGGAUGGUGGCCGCUGCGGGCCGGCUGGGCGAUGGGGACGAAGCAGGCCCUGUGGGCAUUUGGCCCCCUUUGAUGGUCUACCACAGAGAUCCGGAAGGAGAAAUCGCGGGACGCAGCACGAUGCCGGCGCAGCAAAGAGACGGAGGUGUUCUACCAGCUGGCGCACACCUUACCCUUUGCCCGGGGGGUCAGUGCUCACUUAGACAAAGCUUCUAUCAUGCGCUUGACCAUCAGCUACCUGAGGAUGCACAAACUCUUAAACUCUGGCGAAUGGCGGAAUGAGAUGGAAUCGGAGGAGCAGGUGGACGCUUAUUACCUGAAGGCUUUGGAUGGCUUCCUCAUGGUCUUGACCGAAGAAGGGGACAUGAUCUACCUCUCUGAGAACGUCAACAAACACCUGGGCCUCAGUCAGUUGGAGCUCAUUGGCCACAGCGUCUUUGACUUCAUUCAUCCCUGCGACCAGGAGGAGCUUCAAGAUGUACUGAGCCCCAGACAAGGUUUCUCCAAGAAGAAGGAGGUGAAGACCGAACGCAACUUCUCGCUGCGGAUGAAGAGCACCCUGACCACCAGGGGGCGCACCGUCAACCUCAAGUCUGCCACCUGGAAAGUGCUGCAUUGCUCCGGACACAUGCGGUGUUAUGCGCCGGCCAAGCCUGCGGAGGGGAAGGAAGCCGAGGGGGCCUUCGUAGAGCCCCCUUUGCGCUGCCUGGUGCUGAUCUGCGAAGCCAUCCCACACCCUGCCAACAUCGAGACCCCCCUGGCCAGCGGCACCUUCCUCAGCCGCCACACCAUGGACAUGAAGUUUAGCUACUGUGACGACAGGAUCGCCGAGGUGGCCGGCUACACACCUGAAGAUUUGCUUGGCUGCUCCAUGUAUGAAUAUAUCCAUGCCCUGGACUCCGAUUCUGUCAUCAAGAGCAUCAACACCCUGCUGAGCAAGGGGCAGGCAGUGACAGGCCAGUACCGCUUCUUGGCCAGGAACGGCGGCUACCUGUGGACCCAGACGCAAGCCACGGUCAUCUCCAGCAGCAAAAACUCACAGCCAGAGAGCAUCGUCUGUAUGCACUCAAUCUUAAGCCAGGUGGAGGAGAAGGGCUUGGUUCUUUCCUUGGAGCAGACCGACCGGCAAGGAGAACAUCGCCGGCUGCCUCCACCUUGCCUCGAAGGACUGGACUCGGAUGGAACCCUGGAUGAGUUGGAUCCCAACGGAGGAGACACGAUUAUCAAUCUCAGCUUUGAGCUGCGUGGCCCCAAGAUUCUGGCCUUUCUGCGUCCCGCAAACAUCAGCGAAGAAGAGUUACAAAUGGACCCCAAGCGGUUUUGCAGCCCUGACCUUCAGAAACUCCUGGGCCCCAUCUUUGACCCUCCGGGGACCCAGAACUCUCAAGCAGGGGGGACUUCCCGGGCAAAGCCGCCGGCCCCGCCUCCCAAGUUGGCUUCCGUGGCCAAGAAAGCUUCUGGAAACAACAGCUCAGCUGAUCUGCCAGAGGAACUGCUUUUUGACAUGGGGAAUGUCCAGAAGCUUUUUGCUUCUAACAAGGAGGCGCAAGCGAUGGAGACAGAACUUCAGGAUUACGAGGGCCUCGACCUGGAAAUGCUGGCCCCCUACAUCUCUAUGGACGAUGACUUCCAGCUUAGCAGCACCGACCACCAUCCGCCUUGGCUGGCAGAGAAGCGGGGAGACCCCGGAGCCGCCACCCGGCCGGCCUCGCCACCCCCGCGGCCUCGUUCCAGGAGCUUCCACGGGGUGUCGCCGCGCCCGCCAGAGCCAGCCACCCUCCCUCGCUGGGGCAGCGACACCAGCCUGAGUCAGACCCGUCCCGUCCAGCUACCAGGGGGUAACGAGUGCGCUGCUGAGCAGGUGGUGGAGAUGGUGGCAUCGGUCAAGAUUCAGUCGGUGCAGGAAGGGACAAACGCCAACGGGCAGGGCGCCUCGGCUGGGGGAAGAAAGAGGGCCCGGGAGCUGAGUUUGGAAGAGGAAAGGGACCUCUUCCUGGAGGCUGGGCCCCCGAAGCGUGCCCAUGGCCACCACGAGCCUGAAGGCUUUCUGAUGCCCUCCUUGAGCCUGGGUUUCCUGUUGAGUGUGGAAGAGUGCCUGGAUGCCAGGUCCGAACGGGGCUGCGGAAGCACCUUGGCUUUGAGCAGGAAGCUUCUUUCUCUAGAGGAACCCAUGGGCCUCCUCGGGGAUGUCCUGCCGUUCGUGGUGGACGGGCCCGCGCUCUCCCAGCUGGCGCUGUACGACGGGGAGGACGAGGGCUCCGUGCGGGGGGGAGAGCACUUCCAGCUCGGAGAGGAACUCCUGGUCGAACUGGACCAAGCCACCUGAGAGGGGAGCCACCUGAGAGGACCACCGCCGCACCUUUCAUCCGACACUCCUGCUGCGCAGCCGGGACAGACGGAACCAAAUCCAAGCCCCAAUCAUCCAUGAGAGGCCGAGGGAGACAGGGCUCCUUUGCCUUCCUCCUCCUCCUCCUCUUCCUCUUCCUCCCGGGCCUCCCCAGCUCCCAGCCUCUGCCGCCCCACCCCCUUGGAUCUCUUCCUACCUCAGUCCUGUUCCCCUCCCCGGGCAAGCCUCUCCUCUCUGGAGGUGGCGAGGAAGGAGGUCCCCGCCGAACGCCGGAGCCUGCGUCCUUAAGACCUGAAUGCCUGCUACCCAGCUCCAUCCCCAUUUUGGUGCUUGCAUGUCCUCUUUAACAUGUUCCGGAGGCGGGGUAGCGGCAUAAAAAAAGGGUUCCUUGACGCCACUCCGUCCAGCGUCAGUGGGGAAGAGACCAUUAUCGAAAACUCCCCAAGUGGAGAAGGGAACGCCAUAGUGUGAUUUCAUAAAAUAUUCCUCCUUCCCCCCGUGGAGUGAUCAGGGCAUCCUACAGAGGUACUGCGGGCUCCCUCAAAAGACAAGGCGUAGCUUCCGUUACGCUCUCCCCUUUCGGCUGCCCUUGGCUUUGACCAACACCUCAAAGGGGGUCUAAUUUAGGGGUCUAAUCAAUGGGGCAAACCGCCAGCACCAUGCCCGUUUCCCCAACUUCUCGCAUGAAGCCACCCGUUCUUGAAGAAACUGGGAGCGCUCAGUCUUAGGUGGUCAAUGCUCGGCUUGACCCCUAGAGAUGAAAAUGACAGCUAGAUAUCCUAGAAUCCUUCAGGUGUCUCUUUGGCAGUAGCACCUUGUUAAUUUACCUCAGCGAUGCUCUUAACUUUUAGGGCAGGCGCCCAGUGCCUAUUACAGGCACUUUUGAGUCACCCGAGGGGGAAAGUUAUGGCCUGGGUAGAGGAAUCGUCACUCCUCUUGCUAUGUCGUCCAAAUAAUUUUUUUUGGAAAUGGCCGAAAAUUAUGUCCCCCCCAAGAGAGGAAGUCACAUCAGUGGUUCUAACCUUCUGACCCCGUUUAAGGCCACUUUAUAGUGACGUUUACAAAAUAUGUUUAAUUGCUUCUGAGAAUCAUGGCCACUUAAUUUAAAACGUGGAGAAAAAUUAAUGGAGGGAACUGGAAUAGUUUUUCUUAGAAAAGCUAUUUUCAAAAUGGCAUCUUAUAUCUGGUUCAUCGUGCAGUGAAGAUGUUUCCUGCUCCUGAGAAGACCCCUCUGCGCCCCUUUUGCUUUGUUGCCACGUUAGGAUUUUAAUUUUCAAGAUAUUUUUUAGUUCCUUGACUUUCUCGAAUAGUGAACAAUAGAUGACAAAAGCAAAACCCAAGUACUGGGUUCUCACUAAGAAGGAACUAAAACAAUGGCUGAAAUCCUGUUGUGCUGUUAAGCAAAUAACGUAACUUUAGGAAGCAGAUUGCCAUUAAGUUGCAGAGUCUCCCUCGAGAUGAUCUGUUGUACCUUGAGACGCACAACUUAGGAGGAGAUGCCUACGGAGAUCUCUUAACUUGACUGCAAUCUGCAUUUAAAAGUUAACGCUGUUUGCGUAACUCCGCCACAGGAUUUCAGCCACGGAGUUUUCUAAAUCCUGAACUGUGAUUUUAAAACCCUCUGUGAUUUUAACCCUCACUGUGAUUUUAAAACCCUAAUCUAGAAGGCCACUUUUAGAAGAAUUUUUAUUUUUUUUUUACAAUCUUGAAGCUUUUAAGGACAAUCUUGAAAAAGCAGGUUUCCUGAAUUUGAAGGGAACAGCUAACCUGUUAUUUUUGGAAAUCUAAAGAUGGGCAACCCAGGCCUAAGAUCUUGGGUUGCUGAACAAACCUUGAGUCCAGUUCAAAUUAAUAUGAACUGGGAUCCACCUAAUAAUACCUUGCUAGGAGGUGGCAAUUUUUGUUUUCCUGCUGAAACAACGUGGGAAUUAGAUUUUUAAAGAAGAAAUCUGGGGUGAGGAGAGGUUGGUGCCCUGAUCCUAAAUCUUCUCAUUCAGAAGUAGGUUUCAUCUAAAUCAAGAGGACUGACUUCAGAAUAACAGUGUAUAGGACAGAGUUUGAAAAACAAUUUUUUUUCCAGGCUUUAGUUAUUGAAGUUUCUGUCCUCCCCCCCAACCAUUCCAUUGUAUUGCCUGAUGUUAUGCAUGUUUCUUCUGAAGUAGGUCUCAUUGAGUAAGAUGAUUUUACUUCUAAGACAGCAUGCUUUGGAGUUGAAACUCCAGCUCCAUCAUGCAACAGCGGCACGGAAAGGUAACUUGUUCUUAGGCCCAGUGAAGAAAUAUUUUGUGAUGGAGCGUCCUAACCCCAUCACAGAAAAAAAAAGUUACAGAAGUUUGGCUUUGUAACCGACCUUUUGUGCUUGAAAAUAAGUUACCUUCCCCUUCUGCUCAGAGAAGAGUUCUGUGUAACUCAAAACCCUGCAUACUCCUGCACUAGCAAAAAUGGUCGAACAAUUGCAUUGCCUUAGCUCUUUUGUAUCCUUUGAUAUAAAAGGCCCACAGUAAUAUUAGCUGACACUCAUGGUAGGGUUGCCCCUGAUUUUAUGAGGGAUGGGCGCCUCUGUCUGUAAUUGUUCCCCAGAAGAAAGAAUACUGGCAAAUUUUGCUUUGCUCCUUGUAGCAUUACACUGUGAGGCAAAGCAUCAUUUGCUCCGAUUCUACUAAGCAGGCAACUGUGUUAAAAUCAUAGGAACCGUUCCACACGAGAAAGCAGGCAACCCUAGUUCUUAAGCCCAUUUGGUGGUGGGGGAAAAAAAAUUCCCCAGUAGUCUCGGUUUAAAAACAAAAAGGCAAAAUCUCGUUUUCGUUCCCCCCCCCCGGAGCCGACCCGCUGAAGUGAAUGAGAUUCGCUUAGUCGCUAAUAAUUUCAGUAGGUCUGCUCUUCAUGGGAAUGGGCGUCGGAUUCUGCCCACAAAGCUUGCUUUAUUAUUAUUAUUAUUAUUUUUUAAAAUCUCAGUUUUUUCACCCUUGCUGUCGUUAUACCCCUUUCACCACAAACUUCCACAGAGGAGUUUGUGAGUUAAAGCUUGGAUUUGACACCCGUUCCCGAACCGAGCUUACAUCAACGCGAUCCACUGCUUUUUCCCCCCCCCUGCUGUGCAAACGUCUUGGAGGAGAAAACAGAGCGUAGGAGACAGUGUAAGCUAAGCCAGUGUUUCUCACCAGUUCCUCAGUUGUGUGUGUUUGUGUGUGUGAGAACAGGAUCACCGGUCUGGCCGUUGGCGGCCGGGCCAUUUCACUGUCCCUCGGCUGAACUUGCGAGCUGAGGAGGAGACCCCCAGAAGGUGUAUCUACAUUCCCUAAAGAGGGGGGUUUCUGUCCCACUUUAGCCAGCGUGGAAUUCUGAGUUUUAAUAUUUGGCAAGCGACUUAAGAUUUUCGGCUAGAAUCGAGGGGCGUAGACGAGAACGUACUAACUCAAUUCUAAGUAGCUCCCCAAAUGUCAAACCUCAGGGUCCCCGAGGAUGGAGAUCAGGUGGUUAAAACAACAUUAGGACGAUGAGAACUGAGCCGUACAGGUACACCUUGGGGGUUCCCCGGUUGGAUAGCAAGCAACAGGGAGAUGAAAAAAAAAGAAGAAAAGAAUUAACCCAGACGCUUAUCACAAGCCUUCCUUUGCUGGAGCUGUUCUAUCUCUCUUCCCGCAAAACCCCCAGUAACGGGGACAGCUUGCUGAGGGACCCAUCCAGUGGCUAGACAGGGCUCCCUAGAGGUGAGGGUACCCCCGGGGUGCAUCCCGGGACGAAACUCUAUGCACAUGUCUGGCAGUCCCGCCCUGUGGCGCUUGGGAAGCCGGGACUGCGUUUCAGGUGUUUAGCGAAACGCCCGUCGUUUGAGACCCGUCGGCUCCUGCUUCCAACUCAAUCUGGGGCCGCCCGUCUUGCGAAAACCAGAAAACCAAAACCGGGUGCGAUCAGGCUCCUUCGCGGGCCAGCAAGGUGGCGAGAGAGCCUGUGGGUUGGGUUUUUUCUUUCUUUCACCUCCCUAUUUGGUUUUUCCUGACGAGCUGCUUUGGGAAUUGCCGUCUUAAGAGGGGUCGACCGUACCCCCCCACACACACACACCACUUUUGCCUCGUUCCUCGCCAUUCACCUGUGCCUUCGCGUUUGAAAAAGCCAGCACCCAAUUUUCAAGCAAGGAAAGGCCUCCCAACCUGACCGUCUCCCGCCUCCUUCGGGUGGGCGAGAGCGGCUGUCGGUGGCACGGGAGAAUGGAGAAAAUAAUAAUAGUAAAACCAGGGGCUGCAGAUCUUCCUGUUUUCCACAAGCGAGGAAGAAGAGGGACGGGGUGUGUGUACGCGUGCACAGUACUCUUCUGUGUCUACCUCUCCGUUCCUAACAUGCUUCCUCUUCCUACGUUUGUCCUGCCUCCUCUUUGCUUUUCCUUUCCAGGAAAACCAGGAGGUUGGGCGCGAGGGGGCAAAAGAGGCCUGCGGAGGGACCCGAUCCUCGUCCGGCACCGAGAUCUUGCACCCCCCCAAGACGGCUCAAUGUCCCAGCGAGCCACACACACAUACACACAAUCCACUGAUCCACACAAGCGCACCAGUGCAUGCACAUGCACACAGAGACACACACACACACAUACACAAGCACGACGGGCCGCGUUCGGCUCAGGCAGCUGUUUCUCAAAAAGCCGCACUUGAUAAGACGCACAGAACAAUAGAAAAAAAAUAUAUAUCUCUAUCUAUCUCUCUCCAAGCCAGGUGAAGAACACGGGAUGUUGCGUCUCUUUCUCUCUCUCUCAAUUUCUCUCUUUCCUUUUGUUUUGUUUAAUUGUGACAAUUCUUCUAAUUGUUUUUA